CACACUAAUUCAAUUCUAGAGCGUGAUUGCUCGCCCAAUUCCCAACUGAUUGUCCCAAACGAGUGAUCAUGUCGGACACAGAUUAUUCUUUGUCUUUAUCGGACGAGGAUGCUUCGGAAGAAUUAAGAGCCCUCCAAGCUCAGCCUUCGAAAGUGAGCACAAUCUCUGUGAAUAUACCAGAUUCGGCGUCCAGACGCAGAAGCAGUGCCAUAUCCAUCUCAGAGGAAAUCCCCUUAGUUAAUGUAUCUCCACGAAUUGUCAUCAGUCCAGGGAGUAGAGGUACACCAAAAGCUUUCAGUCAUAUGUCUUCCAGACGGAGAAGGCCGUCUGAAGACAAGAAAGGUUCCAAAAAGACUCCUGGAGAUCGUACGGUGAUUGAAACGAAAACUUAUAGAUUGAGUUUUCCGUCUAAUAUGGACAUUAAUAGAGUUCCAACCUCGCCAGAACGCUUGUCAGUCCAUGAUCCAAGGAAAACGAAGAAAAAGAAACGAAAGCAAAGACUCAGAAGGUCAAAGUCGGCUUCAAGUGAAUCUUCUUCAAGUUCUGAGUCAGAUUCGGAGAUGGAAUCUAAAGUGGCCAAUGUCAAAAGGAGAAGGUCCAAGCGAGGUAAGCGCAAGUCCACAAAACGCAAGAAGAGAGCCAAGCAGACCGUAGAAAACAUUGAAGUAGAAAAUGUGAUGAUCUUGUCCGAUGCAAAUGCCGACCAAUCCCAAGGACUCGAAGACUUCCAGCCUCCCAGGAAUUUGUCCCCACGAAGUGCGGCCGAGUACGCGAGAAAGGUCCUCAAGCAUGCGGCGGAAAAGCGGCGGAAAAAGAAGAAGAGGAAGGACAAAGACGGAAAGGACAAGAAGACGCAGAAAAGGAAGCGGCGAAGGAAACGUCAAAAGGGUAAGAAUGAUGAUAGUGAAGCGGAGGAUGAGGAGGAACCUCCUCCCAAACCCAAAGAGUCUCAAAAUCAUUUCUAUCAAACCCCGAGACAACUUUACAAGAAACGAUGCGUUUUCGUGUCCGAAAACAAACCAGUUAAAUGCUCCAUUUGCAAAGGCAUGCAUUAUCGAACCAAGCGGAAUUUUGCCUCAAAUCUUCGAAUCAUCGCCAAUGUGAAUCGGACUUUCGGACGGAUCUUGGGCGAAAUGCGAAACAAGAUGCGCAAGAUCGACAGCAAUCUCAUAAAGGUCAAAAAGAAUCUCGAGUACUUGGAAGAAAUGUACGAGGGAGUUUUUCGAAAGGUCAACCGAUUAAUCGCUUGACAAUUGUGUUUGCCCUCUUUUGGCGAGCUAAAUGGUUUCAUUCCUAAGCAAGUAAGCAAGUCGGAUAACGAAGGGGUGGAAAAAGGGACAAGGGUUUGGAACAGAGCAUAAUACGAAAGUGGGCCAAAAAGGGCUUGACUAAGAGGACCAAGAGGUGGGCUAGAAGUUUUAUCGAUAUCAAACGGCCUUUGACAAGGUAACUGAUCCAAUUUCAGUACCACUCAAGUGCUCAGCAGGAAAGGCGCUCACCAUGGAUCCAAAUCAGCUCUGCUCAAGACUUGAUAGAAUUCGCUCAAAAUUAUCGGAGAUUGAGAGGCGAAAGGAGGUGAUUGACGUCAGACAAGAUUCCAUUGAUGAUCUGGCCUACAAGACCAUAUCGACAAUGAAUCUGCUCCACGGAAGACUGACCACUUUGCAAUCUGUGAUAGAACUUGAUCAAAAGUAUCGCUUUGAAUUGGAGCAAUUCAGAGCGUCCGUAUUCAAGUCUUCAGAUGUGGUGAUUACCGUGGAAUUUGUGGAUAAAGUACCCACUGAAAAUUCUCCAUCCUCCGUGCAAGAUGCGGAGGAGGAGGAGGAGGAGGAGGAAUGCUCAACGGAAGAGGACAUGUCCGUCAUCGAAAACCUAACCUACGAGUUUGAAAAGCCUAAUCAAAAGUAACUGUUUCCAUUGUUACGUUUCUUGUACAUAUUCGUUUGUAUAAUAGCUAUAAAUCGACUUGAAAGAAGUUUGAAAUAAAGGCUAUGAAAAUAUCAA